CGACGUCACAGUGGGCCGGUUGAGCCUUCCUUCGUUCGAUUCAGGCAGGCUCUCUAUUCAUUUUACAUGUAGCAAGCAGGGUUGCGGGGUGCAGUUCAGACAUGGGAAGUGAGCAUUACUGCCUGAGGUGGAACAAUCAUCAGAGCAACUUGCUGGGUGUGUUCAGUCAACUGCUGGAGUCGGAGUCGCUGGUGGACGUGACAUUGGCGUGCACGGAGGGACCUUCGAUACGUGCCCACAAGGUAGUCCUCUCCGCGUGCUCCAGCUACUUCCAGGCCCUGUUCCUCGACCACCCGAAUCGCCACCCCAUAGUCAUCCUAAAGGACGUACGUUUCGCCGAGCUACGUACACUCGUCGACUUCAUGUACAAAGGCGAGGUAAACGUCGAGUACUGCCAGCUAUCGGCCCUCCUCAAGACUGCGGAGAGCCUUAAGGUGAAGGGUCUAGCGGACAUGACGAACAUCAACGCGGCGGUAGCGUCGAGGGACGAACAGCAACAGCCACCGCAACAACAACAGCAGCAGCAGCAGCAGCAACAACAACAGCAACCGCAGCAGCAGCAGCAACAACAACAACAGCAACAACAACAACAACAACAACACACGAGCGCAUCCGAGGGUAUACAGCGCGAAACGUCGCGAGAGCAUCACCGAGAACGCGAAAGCAUAAAGGAAGCGAGCAAUAAAGAGAGAGACAGGGAAGGAAAUACAUCCGGUGGCACGGGGGUGCCAUCGGGAGGGGUGAAAGAAUGCGAGCAACCCCAACAAAUCGUAGUCCAACCACCCACCAGCGAGACCACCGAGGCGGUAGACAUGACGGACUGUCCGCCAUCGCCCACCGGACCCGGUAGCCCUUGUCCAGGACCCUUGGCCCUCGAUCGACCCAGGAGGGACUCCGAAGAUGCUGCGAGCCUAGAGGAAACGAGGGGUUCCCUCAGUCCGAUCUCGGUGCACAGCGGACCGUCGGAUAUGAGUUUGAGUAACAAUACCGGCGGUACGCCCGGUGUGUUACCUUUGAACUUACCGCAGAGCCGGCUUCCGUCCCCGCACAGUACAGAACCUCUAGCGGGUCCGUCGGGGUUACCUCCUGUCCAGCAAGUUCCACUUUCGUUAAAAAAAGAGAUGGACUGGGAAAGGUCGACCGAGGAUCGGAGCGCGAGCAGCGAAAUAUCCACGGACUACAGACUCCCGCCAGAUCCGGUGUCGCUGGCUCUCGGUUUGGAGGCAGGGGGUUGGGGCGCCCUGGUGGAACGAUCGGCCGGCAGCGGCGGAAGCGGUUCCCUGUUAGGUCACGGCGGUUUCGCCGGUCUGGCGGGGCUGGCGCGUCGCUGCGGCGUCUGCCUGGCGACGUUUCCUUCCGCCUGGUUGCUGGAACGGCACGCGUUGCUGCAGCACGCCGGCCAGGCGAGCGACGACAAGCCGUUCACCUGCGAGCAAUGCGGCCAGCGAUACCGCUACCGUUCCGCGUACGUCAAGCACCGCGAGCAGAACCAUCGGGCCCGUCUGCCGGCCGACAAGCUAUUCACCUGCGACGUGUGCGGCAUGCAGUUCAGGUAUUUGAAGUCGUUCAAGAAGCACCGUCUGAACCACGCGGUGGAGCGUCUGCACCGUGCCCCGGAGCCUCAGAGCACCGCGUUGUCGGUGUCCGCGGCGGCGGAACGCAGCGACCAGGUGUCCAGCACGGGCGAGCCCCUGCAGCUGGAGACCGGAAGCGACACCACCACCAACCCCAGCGAGGAGGAGACCCGUGCGACGUUCGCGGAGAACGCUCGCGAGGAGAGCGUGUCGGAGACGGCCAGCGUGCACGAGAACCCGGGCGAGGCGGUCGAGGUACAGAUGACGGAGGCGCCGACAGGCAACGAGAGGGGCUCCGGGGCCGGGGGCGGCACCAGCGAGGCGGGCGACGUGGAGGACAACGCGGUGGACGACGACCGACCCGAGCCCACCGAGGCGAUGAUCAGCCUGGCCAGGGGCAGCCACGAGGUGGACAGGCGCGAGCGUCGGUUCGCCUGCCCGUUUUGCGGUAAGUGCGUUAGGUCCAAGGAGAACCUGAAGCUCCACGUGCGCAAGCACACGGGGGAACGACCGUUCGUUUGUUUGUUCUGCGGACGGGCGUUCGGCGGGAAGAGCGAUCUCACCAGGCAUCUGCGCAUACACACCGGCGAGAGGCCCUACCAUUGCGAGAUGUGCGGCAAGUGCUUCGCCAGGGCGGAUUAUCUCUCCAAGCACCUCACCACGCACAUACACCAGCGCUGAACGAGGCUCAAAAACGAAUUCUGGGACGUUCUUGGCACUUAAUGCGUUACUCUAUGAUCAUCCGGUGCUUCCGUGUUUCGUCACUCCUUGCCCUACGAUUUAAAGUCCAACAGCGUGGGCCCAAAAUGUAAACAAAACUACCCACCCUUCGAGCCAUUCCACGCUGGCACGUGGUGUUUACAUUUGGCCCGAGUCUCACGCGUGGUUGUAGGGCAGAGGGUUAAUAUUGUUUGCGAGGCACGCGAACGAAACGGCUCCUUUGGAACUCAUUCGCGUCGGUGAUUCAAACGGCCACGAACAGGCAUCGAAACAAGUACUAUACAGAGACGACUCGUUGGCUGAGUCGAUGGCAACAAUUCGGAAACAGAGCAGGAUGGAACCAUAACAACGUAAGCUAACAACGAAUACGGAGAUCCUACUCCUGCGUAGAGUAACUACUAAGAAGCUAAAAGCGAGGAAUCAGUGUUCAGUUUGUCGGUGCCUAGCCAACAGUCAUCUCUGUAUACAAUCCAACAGUAUCAUCGAAACCUCGACAACGAUCUGUGGCUGGCCUAGAGGAUCAUUAGAAUUACUUUCGAACGUUCAUCCAGUGUCCAGCCAAUCUUAAAGAUAACUAAAUUUUGUAAUUUCCAGCUGCUCAUUGAACUCUUAGAUGGGUGAAGAAGUAUUUACUGAAAUUUGUUGUACACAUAAUUUGUAACUCUUGUCCUCAUACAAUUGAAGAGCCUUUUACUAUUUUCACAAUUGAGAAAAAUGAUUGCAGUCCUUGUUCGGUGAUAUUACGAUAUUGGCCUAAAACAUUGUUCGAAUAUUCUUCUUCGUAACGCGAAUGAGUCAAAGAUGCCUCUAUAGUUUAACAACUCAGAUCCUACGCGUCGCGUCAUCUUAUCCUGCUGAAAGCAAGGCUACGGAAGGAUAACAAGGAUCGACGUCGUAUCGCUAAAGGACUUUUCCAAGUUAUCCGUGCGACGCUUUCUUGCUGAUACUGAUACUGCAAGUUACCGCGACCGCGUUGACUCCUCGAAACGCCACGAUUCGAGUUAGAUUUUGUAUUCCUAUGGUUUUCGAUUCGACGAGGAGAACGGUAGACAAUCGUGGCGAAUUUCGAGCCUCUCUAGCGGUCAACGAAUCGUACAGGCGAUUCGCGUGCAUGUUUGUUAAACACGGAAGCACGAGGGAUCGAAACGACACAAGUACAGGAACGUCCACGUACGAGAGGAUGACAUUCGAAGACGGACGCUUCGGUCACUCGUAAAGUACUCGUUUCGCUUCGUUGAGACGAUCUCGAAGACGAGAGGCUUCGGCACGUAAUCCCGGGAUCGGAAUAUUUUCGAAGCAGAAAUUCGAUUCGAACUGAUUUUUCCAAGAGGGUACUCGUCGUCUUUGAAUCCUCCUCCCGGAGUUCGUUGAGCCCAGAUAUUUUCCACGAGUUCUUUCCCCUCCGUUGAGAUGCUUCGCGAGAAUAGAAAGAGAGCGAGAAAAACGUUUCGAACCGAGAACGGAAGAGAGGAGAAUCGCGUAUCCAUCCAGCCGUUGGCCCAGCAAGACGAGUCAAUUACGCGAGAAAGAAGGAAACGAAGUAAUCGUCAACGACGAUGGCGUAAAGCCGCGGCUGGGGCUUUCGCCCGGCAUCGAAACGCGAGAGUCUCGCGUUACCACGAACACACACACUCGUGAAAGAAGAAAGAAGAAAGGAGAAGAAGAAGAAGAAGAAGAAGGUUUCUACAUAACGUUAGUGAAGCUAACUUGUGAUAAGGAUUUGAAACCAAAGAACGCAACGACGCGGCAGACGAAAGUCGAUUGUAAAACAGUUCCUUUUUGUUGCCCUCAUCGUCUUCGCGUGAAGAUAAUGUGCUAGCUAUCGGCGUGGUCGAUGUGAUUUGUACGUCGCGCGCAAUAACGAUGAUUUUUCCGUACGCCUCGCAGCGCCGCGGCUCUCGUUCUUGCGAGGAAGCCUCUCGACGCGUUUCCGGCGACUUUUGUGGUGAACGCGCCGAAACCGCUGCCUUUUAAUACAUUAAUAUCGAUUUGACGUUGACGUUCGACGGUACGCGAGAAUAGUUUAGCGAUUCAACUAGUCGCGAAAGAAUAGUUUUCCCCAGCAGAUCUGUGGGAGUCAUGGAUUAUCUGCAGCGGACUAUAUUUUUUAAUGCCUUUUUUUAGUGGACGUCAAACCGACGUCGAUAUUAUUUCGCCGA